GUGUAUUUGGCCAAAAUGGCCGAAGGUGGUGGGAACGAGAAGCAGUUCCUGGGCAAAUAUGUACAGAAGCAGACGAAGUACGGAACUACAACAAAACUGGCUCCAAAAAGUACGACAUACAUUAAACACAAGAUAUCGGAAACGGAUACCAUGAUGGGUAUAGCCCUUAAAUAUGGAAUAACGGUGGAACAGCUGAAGCGUGAGAACAAACUGUGGACUAAUGACAGCUUGUUUCUGAGAGAACAUUUAUUGGUACCUGUUGCUAGGGAGGAUAUAGCCACACUGCCGGAUGACCUGGAAGUGGUUGAUGUUGACCCUAGAAGUAGAUCAAGGUCAGGAAGUCAAAUUUCCAAUUCUAGUCGAAAAAGUACAGAGAGUGGAGAACAUGGUGAUUCUACCAACAAUGGUGUUUCUGUCGAACCGAAAACGUCACCACUGGACUUUCUUAAUAAAUACGACUCUAAUAUAGCACAACUAAAGUCAAACAUGGAAAAAAUGGAAAAUAAUGCAAGACUAUUAAACAAAGGAGAGUCGGACAACCCGCUGACUUUUCUUCCACGGAAAACUAAAAAUGGUGCUAGACGACAUUCGGGUUCAGCAGUAACAGUUCGACAACUUGACGCAGGAAAACAUAACUCUGAAGUUGAAAAACGGAAAACGAACAGUAUGGAUUGUGAAUCUUCUCCAGUACUUCUGAUAAAGUCACGAAACAAAACUCGACAAGUUCAAACAUCGCUUGAAAAACAGGAACAAGUUAAUGACGAAUUGUUCGAAUUAUGAUGUUAUUGUUUUUUGUUGUUUUUUUUUUUUUUUACCAUAUCCUCAAUUUACCUUGGGAUUGAAAUAUUCACUAAGUAUUAUUUUUUCUGUGUUUCCCUUAGUAACCAAUCUCAAAUUUAUGGCCCCGUUCUCCACACUGGUAAAUGAUAGAAUUUUCUUUCUUGUUGUUUUGCAAGAUGGCACUGGUGUAGUCCCAGGUUGUUAUGCCUCUUGUAGUGUUAUUUUGCCAGUCAACACUAUCAGUGGUGUCUGUAGUGAUGCUCACGCACAAAAAAUUUGGAUGCUGAUAACCAAGGGCAAGUAACUCUUGCUAAACUGUAUUUAGGAACUGGGGUAUUGAUGAUUGUAAUUGAAAUGUAAUGUUGGUUUAUCAUUUAUCUUCUUUUCAACAUGCUGGCACUUAAUAUUGAAGCUUCGUAAGUUGAAAUUAUUUAUAAUAAGUUUUUUCUGAUUUAGAACAUUUUUUCUGUGAUAUAAUUUACUGUUGUAAUGUAAAAUAUUGCUGAUGUAGUUUUUACUUCCUUCAGUCAAGUCCUGAAGGAACAGAGUAUUUCUAUAUGUUUUCUAUUAGAGACUUAUCGAUAUGAUUCUAGCCUGUUAUAUAGAGUCGUGUU